AUUGUAAUAUAAUUUCUUAAUUUUGAAGAAUAAUUCAUAAAGAAAAAUGUCUCAAACACAAUAUAAAUCUCGGCGAAUCGUACUUGUAUUUGUAAUUGCUGCGAUAUUAAGUUUUAUGUACCACACUUCUUAUACAAUUAACUACAUCAUCACGAAUAAAAAUGGCGGAAAUUUUGAAAUGAACAAUGAUUUAUAUAUAAAUGAAACAGAAUACUCUCAGCUGGUACCAAUAAAUAUAGACUGGAACAAGCAAGUUUUACGAAAUACUGUUAUCUGUGGUAAAAAUAUUACCAGUGAAAAUGCCAAAAACGUAACUAACAGAGAACUUAAAGACGGGCUCUUAGAUUAUUUUCAAAAUUAUGAAAACGAAAAGAAUGAAUUGUGUCCAAGAAUUCCGCCCCAUCUUGGACCUGUGCCGGGUGAUAAAUCAAUUAUUGGAUUGUAUGGUAUUGAAAAUAUGCAUAUUGAUAUUGUGGUGGGCGGUAUACACUCACCCUCUGCGUGUAUUGCGAGACAAAAUGCCGCGAUAAUUGUACCGCUGCAUGAGACUAAUAAACAUAUGCGAAAAUAUUUGACAAGUUUUCUAUAUUAUAUGCAUCCAUUUUUGAUGAAACAACAACUUGCCUACCAGAUAUUUGUUAUCAGCAAAUUAAACUCAACGACCCCAUACAAGCGCGGUCAACUGUACAACAUUGGUUUUGAAGUGGCUCAAACGAAGCGAGCAGAGGGUUGGAUGUGCUUCAUAUUUCAUGACCCUCACAUAGUUCCUGAAGAUACGAGGAACCUAUACCGUUGUGGGAGCCGUCCUAAAAGACUAAUAGCAGAUACACGUAUGCCUCCAAGAUUUGGUGGUGCCAUUUCUAUUCAGCCGGAAAAAUUUACCAAAGCUAACGGAUUUUCGAAUCUUGCAUGGAAUGAUGAUGAUGAUUACAUCGAUAUGUAUCGAAGAUUGAUCGUAGCCAACAUAUCAUUAGAAACGAAUAAGGCGCCAAUAGGAAAAUAUUCUUCCUUACCGUAUCUAAAGCAAACAAAUAAUAUAACUGUAAGAAGAAAGCAAACAACACCAAGUCUAAAAAAAUUAAACGAAGGACUAAACAACAUUAAAUUAACGAUAAUGUCCAUAGAGUAUCACCAACUUUAUACAUUGGUAACAAUUGUUGAAUAAACAAUAUGUGAAAAUAAUUGUUUUACUUAGAAAUAGCACUGUUAAAACAAGUAUGGAUAAAAAGGAAUUAAAUGACUUGAGUGGUUAA